CCAAUUUGGAUAGCUUCAAAGGCAGCUAGACAAAUUCCGGGUAAAGGAGGAGGAAGAGGAGGAGGCAACUAUCAAUGUCUGCAGGAGGUCUUCUGGAUGUUCAAAGAAAGUCCGUUGUCUUUCAUCAGGAAACCUAAGCUGUGGUUGGCAUUGGAGGGCCAAACUCCACGUUGGAUCAGGCUGUUCCCAUCAUGGAAGAAAAUGCACAAGGAGGGGAAGCUGCCCCCUGGGCCAACCCCCUUGCCCUUCAUCGGGAACUUACUGCAAGUGAAAACCAACGAGCCCUUCAAGUCCUUCCUGGCGCUGAGGGACAAAUAUGGUCCGGUGUUCACAGUGUACCUCGGGCCCCGGCGGGUUGUGGUUCUUUGCGGGCACGAGACCGUGAAGGAAGCGCUGGUGGAUCAAGCUGAGGAGUUCAGUGGGAGAGGAGAACUGGCAUCUCUGGAACGGAACUUCAAUGGCUUUGGAGUUGCUUUGGCCAACGGGGAGCGCUGGAAGCAGCUCCGUCGCUUCUCUCUCACCACCCUGAGGAAUUUCGGGAUGGGGAAACGGUCCAUCGAGGAGCGGAUCCAGGAGGAAGCACAGUACCUGCUGGAGGAAUUUAGGAAAACCAAAGGUCAUCCCUUCGACCCCAUCUUCUUCCUAAGCCGCACGGUCUCCAACGUCAUCAGCUCUGUUGUCUUUGGCAGCCGCUUCGACUACGAAGACAAGACCUUCCUCUCCUUGUUGCGCAUGAUCAAUGAAAGCUUCAUUGAAAUGAGCACCCCUUGGGCACAGCUCUAUGACAUGUAUUCCUGCGUCAUGCAGUAUUUGCCUGGGAGACACAACCGCAUUUACUACCUUGUUGAGAACCUGAAGGACUUCAUUGCUGAGAGAGUAAAAAUCAACCAGAAAACACUAGAUCCCAACAACCCGCGGGACUUUAUUGAUUGCUUCCUCAUCCAGAUGGAGAAGGAAAAGGAAAACCCUUCCAGUGAAUUCAACACAAAGAAUUUGGUCCUCACAACCCUCAACUUGUUCUUUGCUGGGACGGAGACCGUCAGCUCCACCCUGAGAUAUGGAUUCCUUUUCUUGAUGAAAUACCCAGAAGUGGAAGAGAAAGUCCAUCAGGAAAUUGACCACAUCAUUGGCCAAAACCGCAUCCCUGCCACUGAAGACAGGAUAAAUAUGCCCUACACAGAUGCCGUCAUCCAUGAGAUCCAAAGGUUGACGGACAUUGUCCCCAUGGGCGUGCCACACACCGUCAUCCGGGACACUGAAUUCCGGGGGUAUCUCCUGCCCAAGGGCACGGACGUCUUCCCCUUACUAGGCUCAGUCUUGCGUGAUACCAAGUAUUUCAGCGACCCUCAGAAAUUCAACCCUGGGCAUUUCCUGGAUGAGAAAGGUCGCUUUAAGAAGAAUGAUGCCUUCGUGCCAUUUUCCUCAGGAAAACGUGUCUGCCUGGGGGAAUCCAUGGCCCGCAUGGAGCUCUUCCUGUACUUCACCACCAUCCUGCAGAACUUCUCCCUAAAAUCCCUCAUUCCCCCAAAGGACAUUGACAUCUCCCCCAAACUGAGCGGCUUUGGGAACAUCCCUCCAACCUACGAGCUGUGCUUGGUGCCUCGCUGAUGGCAUCCACCUUGGACGGGGGCGGGGGGGGGCGAGGAACGGGGGCGAGAGCUAUCAUGUGUGUUGAUCUGUGGCCCUUGGAUUGGCGCAUUUCCCCCUAAGUUCUUUCAAAACCAUUCGAAGAAGAAGAAGAAGAAGAAGAAGAAGAAGAAGAAGAAGAAGAGGAGGAGGAGGAGGAGGAGGAGGAAGAGGAAGAGGAAGAAGAAUCCCACAUGUUACAGAUUUUGCCUUUGCUGAGAUUUCCACCUUUGGCUGCCAGU